AUGACUGAGACGACUACAACGCCAUGGCCACGAGAAGGUUAUCGAGCUGAAUGGCUUGCCCUCGAGGAUGCUUCGGGGGGUAGGUAUUUCAUGAAGGGUGAUCUUGCUGCAGAUCGAGCGGUCUACGACGCCGUUUUUGCUGGUAUAUCAACGCAGUGGCCACAAUAUACGGAAAACUUGGAUGUUUGGAAUGAGAAGAUGAGUGUGCCGUACACUGACAAUGACGUUCGAAUAUACAAGCCGAAGUCAAUCGAUACCAACAGUCCACUGCCACUUAUGAUAUUCUUUCAUGGUGGGGGUUACAUGGCUGGUACGCUCGACACAGAAGAUGCUCAAUGCCGCUUCUUCGCGACCAAAACACCAUGUCUAGUCGUAAGCGUCAAUUACGAGAAGGUGCCGAAGGUCAAGCUAGACGAUAUAAUCGCAACAGGCGUCGCCGCGGUUCCUUGGUGUAAAGCAAAAGCGCGAGAGCUUGGAGCUGAUCCCGCUAAGACUGUACUUAACGGUGGCAGUGCUGGUGCAUUCCUAAGCGCACAGGUUGCAUAUCAUUACAUGUCUCAAGGUGACUACGAAUCGAUUAGCGGCUUGAUUCUCCUCUUCGCCGUAGCCUUUCCAUACACUUAUGGUGAGAACGGAAAAUACAAAGACAAAUUUACCGCAUGGGCAGAGAAUGGAAACGCACAAGUACCGAUCAUAUCACGGCCACUGGCAGAGUAUAUCUGGUCGCACUAUCACGCCGACUUCAACAGUCCCAGGCACUUUCCUGGUUUAGCGAGAGACUUGUCGAAAUUUCCACCCUCGUAUAUUGUCGCUGCCGAGAAAGAUUGUUUCAGAGACGAUGGAAUAUUGCUAAAUCAGCUCCUGCAGGAAAGUGGCGUGCCGACGAAGCUGGAUUACUAUGAAGGUCUGCCACAUUACUUCCACGUCUUUCCAGCGCUCAAUGCUGCUCACGAGAUGAUGGAUAAGGCAAUAGAAGGGGUUCGUUUUGUACUGAAGUAG